UAUUUCAUUCAAGAAAAAGUAACAACACAAAAAUGAGAGGUAAAAUCAAUGUUGUGUUUAUAAAUGUGCCUUUUAUAACAGGGGCACGUGUAUGUAACAAGCUAAAGUGAUCUUGCAUCAACACUUUGAUUCAUCCCGUUUCUCCAAAAUUUAAAAAAUCUCUUCAAUACACAGUAUGAUAUUUAUGAAAAAUAAUACAUGUAAAUAUAUCUGCUUGUUUUAAGAAUAAGAUGAAUGUUUAAGGAAGAGAAACCAAAACAUGAGCUAUUUAUUUACGUGAAUCUAACGGUAAAACUCCUAUGUAUGAUACUUUCUCCAUUUUAGGCCUAAUCGUGACAGUCGUGUCAUCUCUGAUAAUAUGUCUGUACGGAACACCAAUAAACCCACCACGAUACUGUAAUCCUUGCCAGGGUGGUAAAUAUACGUCACUUAUACCAAGACGAGACUAUGGUGUGACCAAAGACGCACUAUCAAACGAAGUAGUUAAUUUUUACCAAGUUCUGAAUACAGCGUACACGAGAGAGUCAGCAGCUUUGACACAAUCACCGUCAAGGAAUGAUUUCCGGGAUUUAACGACACCAUGUCCAAUGCCAACAAGACGUUCAAUAAGAGCCUGGAUUACGUGUGUAUACAACAAAUUAUCAGAUACUCUUAAAAAUGUGACUGACAACUCAAUUUAUAGUUCAACUUUGAAUACCAAUGCUAUUGUCGCAGCUGGUAGGAAAGUACUUUGCCAUUUUAAACUCGUCUUGAUACAGACAACAGACAGUCGUGACAGUCACUUCCAGACAGAAUUAUCAGACAAUUCAUGCUCACCAAUUCCUCAAUUGAGGAUGGUGACACCAGGUCCAAGAUUAUUUGAUAAGACCUUGGAAUCUUUACGAGUUGCCAGAAAUAUUUUAUAUAAAACAAAUGAGACACUAGUGAGGAAUGUUUUAGGUACGUUGCUUCAAUUUAGAAGUGAGAGAAGUAGAAGAAAAGGCAAUAGAAAAGGGAGAAAAAAUAAAUGUAAAAGAAGGAAAAACAAAAAUAGAAAAUGUAAAAGAAGAAAUAAAAAUAAACUUAAAAGAAAAAAUAAUAAAAGAAAUAAUAAAAGAAAAGUCAAUCGAAGACGAAAUCAAAAUAGAGUCAAUAAAAAGAAGUCGAAUAGCAAAAGUAAAGUUAAAAGUGGUAGAAAAAAUAUUGUUCAUUAACAUCUGAAUCAGGAAAAUAUUCAAUUCCUUUCUAGUCAUAUAUUGUUUUGGGCAUUUUGUUAACUUUUUAUUUUUAAUUCUCCAAUUUAUACUGCCGGUAUUAGUUUUAACUAACGUAGCACAAGUUAUUUUUUAAUACAAUUAGCGAUAACUAACUAGUCACACUUUUAAAGUUAUAUCUAUUGUACACUUGUAGUUAAUAACAUUUUAUACUAUGUACUAAUAUUUUUUAUUUAGAUUUAUUUAUGAGCUUGGUAAAUAGCAGUGCUUCGAGUGUGUUCAUAGAUGAAUUUAAGAUGUUUUUCACAGUAACGGUGACGCACUUUGUAUUUCUCCCAUCUAUAUUUUUCCUCUUCUCUAAAAUGUAGAUCACUAUAUAGGAAGGGAUAUUUCUAUUUCUUUGUUUUGUUGUUUUUGUGUGUUCUUUUCGGUGUAAAAAACUUGUUAAAUUGACUUGUUUAAAAUGAAUCAAUGGACGUUCAAGUAAAUACUUUCAUCAUUUGGGGAAUUAUUGGAGAUAUUUUAUGCAAUGCUCUAAAGAAUAAGUGCUUUAAUAACAUAGCUUUGAGUCAUAGAUAUACUCUCAUUUUCAUGGGACUUUCUUACAAAAAGUAACGACAAAAAGUUUAACGUUUUCAAUGUGUUUAGCUCAAAUAAAAACCGAUACUUUUAAACAUGAAAUAGUCACUAUCCCUUUCUAUGGUACCAUGUAUUUUCACAUUAGCUUGCAGACAUACACAUGUAGUUAUUAAUAUAUAUGUAGUAAUUAUAAUCAUGCUUACAAAUAUAAUCUUUUCCUGUGUGUUUUUAAUCUUAUAUUUAAAUAUAUGUAUUUGUACUAGCUAUU